AUGGCUCUAAGUACCCCAGAGAACUCGAGCGACACGAAUGCGUCUCUAGACCUGCUGCAAGUUAGAUUACGGCGGCUCGAGUUCCUACUUUCAGGCGCGAGCGAUGUUGAUGGAAGUCCGGCGCCAGCAGUCAAACCACUUGACGGGGCUGCUACAGUGAUCGCACGCCUAGAGAGUCUCAGAGCAGGCUUCAGCAAGGUGAGGAAGGGCGAUGAUACUGUCGCAGCCAUACUCAAUGAUGUUGAAGCGAUAUUCAACAAGUAUCCCGAGCUACAUAAAAAUGCCUCCGACGCGACGUCGCAAGAUCACUCGACGCAAGCAUCGGUGGUGCUUGCCAAUGCGACCCUCUAUCCCGAGACUGCUUCACGACUAGCGUCGCUACAAAACCUGCAAAUACCGCCAGCUGAGAGCAGUGGCAAACUCACGGCUCUGCGCGCAGACAUAGAAAAUUGUCGCGCAGAGCAGCAAAAGAUUGAUGCAGAAGUCCAGGAACUACGAAAGCGCAGCGCUCAAUGUCUGGAGUGGUGGGUCAAGACUGGCAUCGUGGGCAUGGGCGACUUGUGGGAGGAUUGGGAGUAUCGGCUGACUGAGCUCGAACGUCAAGUCACGCGGUUUGAGAGGCUUCAGAAGGACCGAGCAGGUAUAUGUGAUGUAAUAGAGUGUCUGGUGUACCUAGACAUCAGACCAGGACGACAUGAGGGCCAGAUGGCGCCCACGACUAGACGCGAGACCGCAAGUCACGACUCCGAACGUCGUCGUUACACGCAUGCAGAGCCAUCAAGAGCUUUGUGUGACACAUUGGCAGCCGACGUUGUACACGACGGAGACUGA